AUGGCUUCUAAGUCCGAUUUAGAAAGUCAACUGACUGAUUUACAAGAAGCCAAUGAAUGCGCAGUGACUGAGUUGUCCAGAGCUGAAAGAAAACUUGUUGAAUUAAAAGAAGAAAAUGAAAGUCUCCAAACUGUGACAAAAAUAACUAGUGACGAUUACAGAGGACAACACGAUAAAUUACAAGGCGAGCUGGACAGACUAAGAAGCAGAGACAGCCGACAUCAAGACAGUCGACACUCAAGAUAUGGUGGAAAUAACUCGCAUCUUGAAGAGGAAAUGCAACAACUGAGAGAUGAUUUACGAUCCUUACGAGAACAACAUCAUUGUUUAAAUGAUGAAAACACAGCUCUUCGCACCGACAUAUCUAAUCUGAAAAAAAAUUAUUCGCACAUAGAACAUGAAGCUACCACACUGAACAAGGAAAAUACACGGCUUUCGGAGGUUGGACCAAGAGAACGAGAAGAAUUAUACACAAGACUUGAUCGAUAUCGAACAGAAAAACAAGAAGCCUUGGACGAAAUCCGAGCAUUGAAAGACCAACUUCAGAUCAUUACCACUAGAGAAAGCACUCCCUCCAAGAGUUACUCAUCAAUGUCCACUUCACACAUGAAUACAAGCAAAUAUUACACUUCUCCAGAGGGAAGGCAAUCACAUAGUGGAACAUCACAUUCUAAGUAUACUCCCACACCACCAAAGUUAAACAAGAGUUCUCCUGCAUCUGUUUCACCACCGCACAGGGGCUACCCAGCCUGGGAGGGAGACAAACUAUCUCCCGCUUCAGAUGCCAGUGAUUCAACCGCUGUCUUGACUGCAGGAUGGCACGAGGACAGAGUGCAUGAAGGAUUUGGUGCUGUGGAUGCAUUGACUGCACAAAUCGAUAAAGAAUUAGAGCGAAGCAGAAAGAAGGAUAAUUUACGAGCGACACGAAAAACUUUGCACUACACAGAAACAGAUGAUACUUCAACUACAUAUAGUGGUUUUGAUGAUCCUCCCAUAACUAAUAACAUACACAGCCGAAAAGGACGAUCUGCGUCUCACCAUCGAUAUUCAAGUGGCCAAUUGAGCAGCAGUAGUUCAAUGUCAUCACUAUUAGACGAUUUUGAGGAUAUUGGAUCAUUCGGUACAGGGAACAUUAAAAGACGACCACAGGCUAUUGAAAAGAAAGACAGACAUUCCAGUAAAAAGACAGAAUACAACACAAUCAGUAAAGCCUCUUCAGUGCAGACUUUAAAUACAUAUAGUCGUGGUUUGGAUUCUGGUUAUGACAACAUUGGUAAAUCUCACUCACGGCAUAACCGUCAUCGAACUCUAUCACCUCCACCACCCACAGAAACCAGAGUACCACAACCCGUUGGCUUCCGCAGCAUAUCACCAUCUCCAGUAAUUACACAGCAUAAUAGAGAUCUUCUCGGUCACACUGUUGGCGAAAGAAUCAACUUCAAUUUUCCAGCCCGUCCAUAUGUUCCUCGAACUCCUGUAGAUGUUAACAUUGGUGACAUGGUGAAAUUUUCAAGACCGGGUGGUAAAAUUAGUAAAGGAGUUGUUAAGUAUAAUGGUUACUUACCAGGACGCAAUGACACUUACCUCGGUGUUGAAUUAGAGUAUGAAGACGGUAAACAUGAUGGUGUGUUCAAUGAGCAAAGAUUCUUCCGGUGUCGACCAAACAAGGGAGUGUUCGUCAGUUUUAGAAAGGUCAUCAUGGUCUGGAGUCAUUAAGACAGACAGAUACAAGACAAUAGUGAUGCCAUGGUGAUGCCAUGGUGUUGCCAUGGCAAUAAAUAUUUGAACUUUUGAAGUGACCCUUAAUUCCUCAUUCAAAAUGGCUUCACUAUAUGCUUAUUUUAAUGCCAAAUACAUUUGUAAUGUGGAAAAUGUGUGCAUACUUUAUUUUUAUUAUGAUAACCCAACACAAAGAAAUCUGUCUUUGAUGAAAAAUGCCAAAUUUUUACUAAAUAUAUUAACUGAUAUAUUGGUGUAAUAUUCUUUAUAUUAUUAACUGUGAAUGAAUUGAUUUUGUAAAAUAAUUAAAAUUACAAAUUUUAUAAAGAAUUUGUGGUAAUAAUAACAGGGUGUGAUUGUACAUAUUGACAAUAAUGAAAAUAAAUUGUACAGUUUUAUAAAAAACUUCUCUGUACAAAAAAAUAAAUUUGUAUUUUCUUCUAUAUUUGGAAUUUUUUGAAAAAAAUUACUUCUUUGUGGUGUUUAUGUUCUCCAUAAAUCCAUUGACUCCCCAUAGAUUUAGAUGAGUCAUAAUGCCAAAGUAAUGUUUUAGGGGUGAAUGUUUUUAUAGAUAGAAUUAUUGUACAUUUUUACAAAAUAUUAUCACCAAAAUGUCUGAUAGUUUUAUAUCAUUUAAAAGUUGGUGUCACAAUUCUUUUUAUACUCAACUCCUAUUCUGUAAAAUGAUACAUUCUGCUCUCUUUAAAUUAUGUACUAUAAUAUCACAAGUCAUUCCAUCGUUUUAUUGAGCGUUAGGGGCCAAGCCAUGAUUGGUUGCUUUUCUUACAACUAAAAAUGUAUAUAUAUAAUUUUUUUGACAUAUUUGCUCUACAACUACGUAUACGUAUACAAUAUUGUAUGUACAAACAUAACGUCCAUGAUUCUUUUGACGCUUUUCAUGUAAAGUAGUUGCUGUCUGUCAGUGUGCAAACUCAGGCACUGAGCCAGUAAUAAUUCAGUAACAUAAAUAAUGUUACUGUGCACUGCCUUCCUAUCCCUUAGUUUGGAGUGAGACCAGUACAGGAAGCAAGGAUUUCACAGUUCAUGGUGAUAGUAUCAUUUCACAGUGCGUGAUACAUGUUAUCUUGUGAUCCCUAUGGGUACAAAGGGACAAAGUAUGAGAAACAUUGACUAUACAAUAUGGACGGUGUAAUAUUCAAAAUAUGUGUAUACUUGAGUACUGAAAAAAAAGUUUGACGACACAUUUUUGUUUUAUCUACAUUGGUGCAGAUGUAGGUGUCGAGUUAUGUUAUAUUUUAAAUAUUACACUGGUAAAUAAUUGUUUCAACCAUUUUUCAAACCCCAAACCAUGCAAAAACCAAAAUUCUCGACAGAUAUAACCUAUCCUUAUCCUUCCCUAAAACCUAAAACUAGUGGCUGCCCUGUGACAAAAAUAUCACUCACCCCUGAACUCUACACCAAUGCCUAUUUAUCUUUUCUGGUUGUGCAUUAUUAAUUUUUUUGUGUGUAUAAUAAACAUUGUUUUUGUUUGUAAAUUAUGUAACUUCUAGCUUGUCUAAUUUAUAAAUUAAUUUCAGGAAUGUAAAUUUGUUUUAAUGUUUUGUAAUUAUGACUGCAUGUUUAGCCUUGUUACUUAGAAACGAGGGCAGUCUUGAUGGGAUUCAGUAAACUGUGUUAGAAGUAAUUUUCAUUAUAAACAUAAUAUAGAUGGAUUUUAUAUUAAUUUUGCUAUUAAAUAAUAAUAAAAAAUAAACCCAACAUUCAACAACGAA